AUGGCGAACACAGAAGUAGAUGUGAUCGAAAUCUACAGGAGGCUGAUUGAUAGUCUUCUGGAUAAAGCAGAACAGGUGAAGCCAGGAAAGGAGAUUGAGCCUCCCUUAACGGAUACGCAGCUCGGGGAGUCUUUCUGGCUUGUCCGAGGGGAAGAUGAGCAGACAGUUAAACAACUGAGUCAGCAGACUCAAUUUGCGGCGGUGGAAAUUGCGUUUAGGGAGAGGUUCUAUAGUCUCCUUGCCACAACAACGAUAGAUGACCCCGAGUUUGUUCGUAUAUGGAAUCUACUUGACGUGAUAUCCGUGUUUUCCGAUAAUGAGCAAUGCGAACCUGGCCUCAUAUUUUGGUUGAUUGAGGAGUUGCUAGACAGUCAGACGAUUGACGGUUGUCGCAAAGUGUUCGAUUAUCUUGAAUCGCGAAGAGAACGUAACACGAAGGAUACCGUCUUUUGCGGCCGGGUAUUUAUCUUUCUCUUUCAAAGCUUUCCCUUAGGGGACAAGAGCGCAGUGAAUCUUCGGGGCGAAUAUCAUACCGAGAACGUGACAACUUUUGAUACCAUCGCGAAUGACGCGAUCAGUGAAGCACAUGAUAUGGAUGUGGAUAUGCCGGACGUGAAGGCAACAAACUCGGUAGCUGAGACGCAGAAGCAGCCCGUCGCUGAGGGUGAUGCCAAGUCGGCCGAACAGGACGUCACUAAGAUACCAAAAGUGACCGUUUCGCAGUCUAGCGAUCAGACUGGGGAGCGGUCACUCAACCUAGAUACCCUGUAUCCAAUCUUCUGGGGGUUGCAAGCUUACUUUUCUUCUCCGACAAAGAUUUUCGAUGCUCAGCACUUCGCUACUUUCAAGAGCGGGCUUGAAGCCACUCUCAAUGCUUUCCGGACGGUCAACACCGAAUUGGAAACUUCCAAUAGCAAAACGCAAGAGGAACUUCGGAAAUCGACCAAACGGAAACGUACAGCAGACGGACCUGAAAUCGCAAGCAGCUUCAACCCAAAGUACUUGACUAGUCGGGAGCUUUUCGAUCUUGAGGUCAACGACACGGCUUUCAGACGACAUGUUUUGGUCCAGGCCUUGAUACUUUUGGAUUUCAUGCUCUCGCUUACGUCAAAGUCAAAAGCUAAGCUUGCUGACUUGACUAACAAGUCUGUGCUAUAUGGUUUUGUUCUAAACGAUGAAGAUGCACAAUGGGCGGUAAAAAUGAGAAAGUCAAUUGAGGGAUACCUUCAGGAAGGUGCUGGCGGAAAGUUCUACUAUCGGAUGGUAGAUACUGUUCUGUCACGGGACAAGAACUGGGUUCGCUGGAAGGCUGAAGGUUGCCCUCCGAUUGAGAAGCCUGCGGUCUCUGUUGAUGAGUAUCUUGGGGCUCGUGAUAAAGCAAUCAAGACAUAUGCCAACAAGCGCCUUCGUGCUUCUCCUAUGAACUCACUUAAUCUUAAGUUCCUGUCAGAGAGCGAGUCAUCAUCUGGAUUUGACAGGCUCAAAGAGCCCGAAAGGUUCAAUGUUCCUACUUCAGAAUCCCUGAUGCGAGUGAUAGAGGACGUCGAAUUCGACAUUGAUACGGCGCAAACCAGUGAGGAUAAAGAAGCGGCAGUCCAAGCAAAAGCUAGUAAAACCUGGCUGUUGUUGCGGCUUUCAGCCAAGAGCAAGCUCGCAGCCUUUGACAAGAUUGAAGAUGGAAAGAAUCUAAAGACCCUUUUCGAGACCCCACAAAGCGCUGAAAGUACAACCCAAGCCGCCGGAAGCACACCGCAAGAGCCUCCGACAAAGACUUCUCAGGAGACCGAAGCAAUUAAUAAUGGGCCCUCACAGGAUGAGAAAAUGGAGACCGAAACAGGAAGUUCUGCCGCUGUUGCUGAGGCGAACAAAGUCGAAGGGAGCGAUGCAGCGACUAUUGAUGCGCCGGGGUCAUGA